AUGGCACGUUACCCUUUUCAUGAAAUUGAACCCCGCUGGCAGCAGUACUGGCAGGAAAACCGGACCUUUGAAGUGCGCGAAGAUCCGGAUUUCCCGGUCGAAAAGCGCCGUUAUGUGCUGGAUAUGUUCCCGUAUCCUUCGGGCAGCGGCCUGCACGUAGGGCACCCUGAAGGAUACACUGCUACCGAUAUUUAUUCCCGGUACCUGCGGAUGAAUGGCUAUAACGUGCUGCAUCCAAUGGGCUUUGAUUCAUUUGGUCUACCAGCCGAGAACUAUGCCAUCCAGACCGGGACGCAUCCGCAGCUUACCACCAGGCAGAAUAUUGACCGCUUCCGCAGCCAGAUCCGCUCGCUGGGCCUGAGCUAUGACUGGAGCCGGGAGCUCAGCACCAGCGAUCCGGAUUAUUACCGGUGGACGCAGUGGAUUUUUCUUCAGCUGUUCCACAAAGGCCUGGCUUACGAGAGUGAAGCGCCGAUUAACUGGUGUCCCUCCUGCAAAACCGGGCUGGCAAACGAGGAAGUGGGGGCCGGGUGCUGCGAGCGUUGCGGCAGUCCGGUUGAGCGGCGCAGGCUGCGUCAGUGGCUGCUGAGGAUCACCGGGUAUGCCGAGCGCCUGCUUCAGGAUCUGGAACUGCUGGACUGGCCCCAUUCCAUCAAAGCCAUGCAGGAGAACUGGAUUGGCCGCAGCGAAGGCGCGGAGGUCGAUUUUCCGCUGGCCGCAGACAGCAGUAAAAAACUGAAGGUCUUUACUACCCGUCCCGACACACUCUACGGUGCCACUUAUAUGGUAAUUGCGCCCGAACACCCCUGGCUGGCCGGGCUGACCACGGCCGCUCAGAAAGCAGCGGUCGAGCAGUACCUCGCGGCGGUGGCCCACAAGUCUGACCUGGAACGCACCGAUCUGGCCAGGGAUAAAAGUGGUGUGUUCAGCGGCUCUUUUGCGCUCAAUCCACUGACAGGAGAACCGAUUCCGAUCUGGAUUGCCGAUUAUAUUCUGAUUUCUUACGGCACCGGGGCGAUUAUGGCCGUUCCCGCCCACGAUCAGCGCGACUGGGACUUUGCCCGCAAGUUUGCACUGCCCAUCGUUCCCGUGCUGGAGGGUGGUGAUAUUGAGCAGCAGGCCUUUACCGGAGAUGGCCCACACAUCAAUUCCGGUGAGCUGAAUGCUCUGGGUAAACGGGAGGCCAUCGCCAGGGCGCUUGAAAUUCUGGAACAGCGCGGUCUGGGAAAGAAGACAGUGCAGUACAGACUACGCGACUGGUUAUUCAGCCGCCAGCGCUACUGGGGCGAGCCGAUUCCGAUCGUACAUUGCCCGGACUGUGGCGUUGUGCCCCUGCCCGAAGAGCAGCUGCCCCUGCUCCUGCCCGCUGUGGCCAGCUAUCAGCCCACAGCCAGCGGUGAAUCGCCGCUGGCUGCCAUCGAAGACUGGGUGCGCUGUGCCUGUCCCCGCUGUGGCAGCCCGGCCCGCCGUGAGACUAACACCAUGCCGCAGUGGGCCGGUUCCUGCUGGUACUAUCUGCGCUAUCUGAGCCCGCACGAUGCGCAGCAUUUUGUCAACCCCGCCGCAGAGCAGUACUGGAUGCCGGUGGACCUGUAUGUCGGCGGGGCCGAGCAUGCGGUGCUGCACCUGCUCUACGCCCGCUUCUGGCACAAGGUGCUCUACGACCUGGGCCUGGUGCGGCACAAAGAACCGUUCCAGCGCCUGGUCAACCAGGGCAUGAUCCUGGGCGAACUGGAGUACACCGGCUACCGUCAGGAAGAUGGGCAGUGGCUGAGCCCCGGGGAGCUGGCAGACCCUGCGGCCCACGAGAGCCGGUUACAGGACAGGGAGGGCCGACCGGUGCAGGCCGUCAGGCUCAGUGAAGAGCAGGUCACCAGAAAGGGCAGUGACUUUGUACUGAAAGAGCAGCCCGAAAUCAGAGUGCGUUCCCAGGCCGAGAAGAUGUCCAAAAGCCGGGGCAAUAUUAUCAAUCCGGACGAUGUGAUUGCCGAGUACGGCACGGAUACUCUGCGCCUCUAUGAAAUGUAUGGGCCAUUGCAGAUGGUCAAACCCUGGAAUACCGGUGGUCUGGCGGGCAUCCACCGAUUUUUGAACCGCGUGUGGGCCAUCUCUCAGAAGCCGCUGCGCGGAGGAGCCCUGGCCAGCCUGCUGGACGCAGCACAGGCCGGAGAACUGCGCCGCCUGCUGCACCAGACCAUCAGAAAGGUCAGCCAGGACACCGCAAACCUGGAAUUCAAUACGGCAAUUUCCCAGCUGAUGAUUUUGAGCAAUCGCCUGCUGGCACUGGAAUUCUGCCUGCUGGAAAUCUGGCGGCCCUUUGUCCUGCUGCUCAGUCCCUAUGCACCGCACCUGGGUGAGGAACUGUGGCAGGGAGUGCUGCAUUUUGAGCGACGGGAGCGACGGGAGCAGCCGGACACUUCCGGAAUCCUGGGCUCCCUGGCUUUUGAAACCUGGCCUGACUGGGAUGAGGCUCUGUGUCGGGAAGACAAGAGGGAGAUUGUGUUUCAGGUCAACGGCAAGCUGCGUUCCAGGGCCCUGCUGGCUGCGACAGCCAGCAGGGAAGAGUUGCUGGCUGCCGCCCGCUCCGACCCGAAAGUCCAGGAGCAGCUUAACGGCAGAACGCUGCGCAAGGAGAUCGUGGUGCCGGGGCGGCUGGUGAAUAUUGUGACCACCUGA